UUAUGUGCAUGGAUGCAAAGAUAAAUUUUGACAGUAAUUCAGCCUAUCGUCAGAAGAAGAUCUUUGAUAUGCAAGAUUGGACACAGGAAGAUCAGAGAGACAGGGAGGCGGCAAAAGCUGAUCUCAACUAUAUAGGACUAGAUGGAAACAUAGGCUGUUUAGUCAAUGGUGCUGGUUUAGCUAUGGCCACAAUGGAUAUAAUUAAACUUCAUGGAGGAACUCCAGCAAACUUCCUUGAUGUUGGCGGUGGUGCUACAGUGCAGCAAGUAACAGAAGCCUUUAAACUUAUUACCUCUGAUAAAAAGGUGAGGGAAGAAUAG